AUGAUAUAUUAGUAGAAAAAAGAAAAAAAAUUUUAGGUAGUUUUAACAAAUUGCUAAUAAAUCCUUAUAACAUGUGAACCUUUGUAACUCAAAAAAAGAAUUGCUAAGAUCGAUUAUACUGUGCCAUUUGAAUUUAUGGCAAUGGUGAACAAAAAAAACAAUUAAUUAUUUCAGUAUGAUUUCACUUAAUAGAAUGAAAAUGAUGAAGAAUAUUAUUUGGAGCUAAUUGACAUUCGAAUCGUUUAUUAGAAUUAUUUAGAAUAAAAAGAUUAUCUUAUCAAAUUGUAAAAUGAGAAUAACUCUAACAAAUAAACAAUUUAGGAGCAAUAAAAAACUUAUUUAGAUUUGUUAAGCUAAAAGGAAGAUUUGUUAAACUAAAAUGAGAAACUUUAAAAUUAAUUAAAUCAAAAGAUUUAAGAGAUAUAAAUAUUGAAUUUAAAUUUAUCAACUAAAGGAGAAGAUCUUUAAUCAUUAAUCAAAUAAAAUAAUGAACAUAUAUAAAAUAUUAUUAAAGAGAAGGACGAUUAUAUUAAAAAACAACAAAAAGAUUACAAUUAAUAAAUGAAAGAGCUCUAAGAAUAAAUACAACUAAGUUUAACAACAAAUGAUGAAAGUCUAAAAAAAAUAGAAUAUUUGAAUAAGAUAUCUUUUAAUUAAGAAGAAGGUAGAAAAUAUCUUUAGAAAUAAUACUAAGAUGCAUUUUAAGGAAUAAUACAAGAACGUGAUUUUAUUUAAAAUAACUAUCGAUAAUUAGAAGAAAAAUAUUUAUAAUAGAGUAAUGAAUUAGAACUCUUAAAAAUAGAAAAAGAAGAAUAAAAAAAAAAGAUUUCAUAUUUACAAACAAAAUUUUCUAAUGUAAAAUCCUCUGAAAAUUCUUUAAUAAUUUAAUAUGAUACUUUAAAUAAAAAUUUUUAUAUUGAAAAAAAUUAAAGAUCCAAGAUGGAAAGAAAAAAUAAAGAUUUAAAAUUAGAGAUUUAUUUUUUAAAUUUAGAAUCAAAAAUUUUGGAAUAAAAGAUUCAAGAUUUGAGAAAAAAAAAAUAGAAAUUGAAUUUAUUAGAUUGA